AUGGGGAAGAAGAAACGCUCUGCGGACGCCCGCUUCCCAUUGUGGUGGUGCGAGACGGAUCAGCGGAUCAUUCGUGGCGUGAUUUCCGCAUUGGAGGAAGCCGACGCCGACGCCUGCUAUGCACGAGACAACGACUGGGUGGAUUGGGACGCCAUUGCCCCAGAGGGCAUGUCGGGGCAAGAGGCCAAGGAGCGUUGGGAGCACCUCGCAAAAGAGGUCCCCAAACGCAGAACCAACUUGGAGAUUGCGCGGAUCGUGCAGAAGAACUUCAACGGAGCCAAAGCGACGGGGAACGUCCUGACGCCAACACAGUACACAAAGGUUGCCAACAUGCGCAGACAUCCCCAGCGCUUAAAGGCGCAAGACCUCUACCCAGACUUCCCGAAGCGGCCCAUGUCUGCAUUCUUCCUCUGGGCAGAGGACCAACGAGAGUCAAUACGCGUGGAAAUGCCGGAUGCACAAGCGCGUGUCAUCCAACGCGUCCUCGGCGAGCGAUGGCGUGACAUCCCAGAGAACGUCAAGGACGUGUACAAGCAGCGCGCUGCGGAGGCCAUGGAGCGUUACUACGCGGAAAUGGACAAGUUUUACCACGUGCAUCCGGAAGCGAAAGUUGACAAGAAGCUUGCACGACUUCCCGCCAAGAAGCCGAAACUGACCCUCGACGCUCCAAAACCGCCCCCACGAUCCGGCUACCUGCUCUUCUUGCAGGAAGUUCGGUCCACCAUGCCAGAUGUCCCAUUCACGGAUGCGGUGCGUCACAUUGCGGCGCAGUGGCAGGCGCUCUCCGAGGAGGUCAAGGCGUCAUAUGCACGCCGCCUCGACCAGAUGUGGUCAAAGCACGAUGAGGAGUGGGAGGCGUUUGUGCAGUCGAUGCCCGAGCACCAGCGGGCCGAGUUGGAACGAAUGCGGCCCUCAAGUGCACAUCCCCGACACAAACAGUCCCCGUCAUCGACCGCGGCUACCAGCAGUGCUGCGGCGGCAGCAGCCGUGUCCACAGCUCAACCCGACGGCAGUGGUCAAUACAGUUCACCCUCCAGACACACGGAAGGAUGGAGGCCACCGUUUCGCUCACACGAUGGCGGCGAUGUCAAUGCACGUGGACAGGACUGGAUUGGAGCAGAGCCCAGCGGUGGUGCACCCACAACAGCAACAACAACAUGA